CGUGCUGGAGGACAAGUCGACCAAAGUGAGUGCAGUUGACCUGAAGCAGUUCAUCAUCACUGGUUUGAAGAGUCUCCAUGGAGAGUGGGUUGGUGAAGCUGUGGAGCUCGUUGACACUGCUGGGCUUCUACAACAAACAGAGCUGCGCUUUUCGAGUGCUGCAGGUGUCGCCGUUCCUGCUGUCUUUGACGGGAAACAGUCGUGAGCUGGAGCUGGACUGAUACCGCAGACAAUUGACGAGAACCAUGUGGAGUCAAGUCAGAACUUUGCUGUCCUCCUCCAUCCCGACGACGGUGGCGGGAGCACGGCUUCACGUGGGCCAGCGCGCCUCCCUCACCAAAGUCUUCUCGGCCCGCCACGUGGAGCUGUUCGCCGAGCUGACGGGCGACACCAACCCGCUCCACCUGGACGCUGCCUACGCUGCCUCCACCGCCUUCGAGGCCCCCGUGGUCCACGGCGUCCUCAUCAACGGGCUGAUCUCGGCCGUGCUAGGCACCAGGAUGCCGGGCCCCGGCUGCGUUUUUCUCUACCAGGAGAUCCGCUUCCCGGCGCCGCUCUUCAUCGGCGAGGAAGUGCUGGCCGAAGCCGAAGUGCGCAAGAUCAAGAUGUCGUUCGCGUUUAUCGGCGUGACAUGUUCGGUCAAGGACAAGGUGGUGAUGGAAGGGGAAGUGAUGGUUAUGAUGCCGGAGGAGCAGCAAUUGAAGUGACGCUUUUGAGGCACAUCUUUUACUGUUCAGUUUUUUGUUGCCGUUGUUGAUUUUUGAUGGAUGAUGUACAUCACAGCUGGCCUUGUGCAUCUUUUUUUUGUUGUUGUUGCCCACUUAAGUAAAUAAAGCGUAUCUCAUUCAUGUAA